AUGGAUCCACCACAAUAUCCUUUUGAUGUUGAAGCUUACAAAAUGCAGUAUGAAAUUGAAGAGAAAUAUAUCAUCAGCCGGUUUAGGGAGCGUCGAAAGAAAAUAGAGGAAUAUUAUCCACCUCGUAGCAAGAGAAAAUAUUUCAAGAGAGAUCAUAUACGUGAUUCAAGUGUACGUCACGAAUUACAAGCAGAUCUAGUCAAACACAUAUGGGCAAGAUUUGGAAUGUUUCGUGAUUAA